AUUUCAAUAAUAGGCUGCGCUACAUGAGCUGUUCCUGUUUUGAGUUGUGUUAUGUGUUGCUAUGGUUAUGUGUGUAAAAAUAGAAUGUCUCUAUUGUUAUGUGUUACCAUGGUCAUCUGUGUGAAUAUAUAUAUAAAACGCCUUUGUGUAUCAAAAGUUAGUCUUAAUAAAGCAGGAUUAGUUUGAACGGUUUGAACAUUGAUUCGCACUUAUCAUUCGAUCCACGUACAAGUGACAACACGAAUUUACACAGCGUAUCGCUCAAAAGCACAGAAACCAGUCGGAGCGAAAGUGCUGUUGGUACGCAUGUAUUUCCGUGUAAAUGUUUAAAGCGUGUAUACAUUUGGUGGUUACGUAUAGAAAUUAUCUUUAAAAUGGGGAAAAAAGAUAAACGUAAAAAUAAAGGGAAAGGAGCUGAGAAGACAGCAGCAAAAACCGAUAAGAAACUCUCACAAAAACAGAAGAAAAGACUUGCUGCAAGUGGAGAGGAUGACAUAGAAGAAAUUGUAGCACAAAUAGAGCUUGAAGAGAAGAAACGACAAGAAGUGAUAGAAACUGUUGUCUCUCCACCUUCAAGGCGAUCCAGUUUUACUUUAACAGCACAUCCAGAUAAAGAAGAGUUGAUUCUUUUUGGGGGAGAAUAUUUCAAUGGACAAAAGACCUUUUUAUAUAAUGACUUAUAUAUCUAUAACAUCCCUCGGAAUGAAUGGGUUCGAGUGAAGGCCCCCGGUGGGCCCCCUCCGAGAUGUAGCCAUCAGACAGUUGCAGUAUCCACUGACAGAGGCCAGUUAUGGGUGUUCGGAGGAGAAUAUGCAAGUCCAACAGAAUCACAGUUCUACCAUUAUAGAGAUCUAUGGAUGUUUCACCUGUCCACGAGAAAAUGGGAAAAAAUAGGUGCUUCUGGAGGACCAUCAUCCAGAAGUGGACACAGAAUGGUGUGUGUUAAGAAGCAGCUGAUUGUGUUUGGAGGCUUCCAUGAUAAUGUGCGUGACUAUAAGUACUUCAAUGAUGUAUAUGCCUUUAAUCUGGAAAAUUACACAUGGAAAAGAUUAGAACCUGCAGGAACCCCACCUGCUCCUCGAUCAGGAUUUGUAAUGGUGGCUUUACCCGAUGGAAAAGUGCUGAUCUCUGGGGGAUUCAGUAAAGAGAAAAUCAAACGGGAAGUCGAUAAAGGUGUAAUACAUACAGAUACGUUCCUACUUGUACCAGAAAAAAAUGAUGUAUCAGGACUGAAAUGGAAGUGGGUAGCAGUGAAACAGCUUGGAGCUUACAUCUCACCACGCUGUGGCAUGGCAUUAGCCAUGGCACCUGGCAACAGAGCCUACGCAUUUGGUGGAGUAUGGGAUGUUGAGGAGAGUGAAGAGGAUCUGGCAGGCACAUUCUACAAUGACCUUUACAUCUUGGAUUUGGAUAAAAUUCUAUGGAGGAAAGUUACACUCUCUGGUAAGAAGAAGGCUUCUGAGGAGCAGAGGAGAAGACGCAAGGAGAAAAGUGAAUUAUCCAGUGAGGCCGAAAAUGCUGAUUAUGAUAAUGUACUAAAUAAAAUGGAAAUAUGUGAAUUGCAAGAUAAUAGAACAGAAAAGGUACCAGCUGAACCUUCAUCAUCUACUGCUGUAAUAUCAGAUGAUGGAAUUUUUAAAAUGACAGUGGGUCCUGUUACAUCAACACUGUCCUCUCAACAAAAUGCAGAAAGUAGCUCAGGAGCACAACAGGCAUUCACUCCGUCACCUAGAAUGAACUGCGGCUUGGCUGUGAAGCAUGGUCUCCUCUACCUGUAUGGAGGACUGGUUGAGGAGGGGAAUAAGCAGUUUACUCUGUCAGACUUUUACUCUUUAGAUCUGCAUAAACUGGAUGAAUGGAAGACAUUGAUCCAAAAUGAUCUAACAAGCCAAGAAUGGUUAGCAUCCAGCAGUAGCUCAGAUGACAAUGAAGAGAAUUCUGGGUCAGACAGUAACAGUGAAAGUGGCGGAGAACAGUCUGAGAUGGAAGUUCAGUAACCUCAGUAAUAAAUAAAAUGAACAACUUUCA